GUUAGCUCGUCUUUUGCCUCCCUCAUCGCCCGUCCUGUCUUUUCUUUCCUUCGCAAUGGCUCCCCUCGCUGACUUCAUCCUCGAGCACGUCCCCCUCCCUACCCUUCCCCACUACCUUACCAGCUAUGUGCCCGGGAAAACACCACUGUCUACACCCACAUCCGUAGUCGCUGCACUUGUGUCCUACCUUGCAGUUGUUUUCGGAGUGCAAAGAAUCAUGAAGUCACAACCACCGCUCAGGCUCCAGUUCCUCUUUCAGCUUCAUAAUAUCGUCCUCAGCGCAGGAAGCGCUCUUUUGCUCGCGUUGAUGGUCGAGGAAAUCGCUCCGAUUGUAUGGAAGAACGGAUUGUUUUAUGGUAUUUGCAACGAUGGGGCUUGGACUCCCCGAAUGGAAUUCUACUAUAUGAUCAACUAUUACAUCAAAUAUCUUGAACUAUUAGACACUGCUUUCCUCGCAGCAAAAAAGAAGCCUCUCGCUUUCCUCCACGUUUUCCACCACUCAGCAACUGCCUUGCUCUGCUUUACGCAGCUUAAUGGCCGCACUAGUGUCUCCUGGGUUCCUAUCACGCUUAACCUUACCGUGCAUGUCUUCAUGUAUUACUACUAUUAUGCGACUGCCGGAGGGGCGCGCAUUUGGUGGAAGAAGUAUCUUACGACCAUGCAAAUCGUCCAGUUCAUUAUUGACCUCUUCGCGGUUUACUUCGGCACUUACUCAUACUUCGUCUCUACUUACUGGUCUGACAAGUUCCCUUCGUACGGAACUUGCGCUGGAACGGAGGGUGCUGCUCUCUUUGGAUGUGGUCUUCUCACCAGCUAUCUAGGUCUCUUCAUCAACUUCUACAUCCAGACAUACAAGAAGCCAGUAAAGGGAAAGAAGCCAAUAGCAAAUGGGAAUGGUGCUGUGAACGGAUUUGCAAAUGGAAGUGCGAACGGACAUGCGAAUGGAAGCGCGAAAGCCAAUGGUAUAGCGAACGGCAAAGCGGAUUAGCCCACUCAUCUUACGAGCGCACUAAUGAUAAAAUACGGACAGAUGACUUUUCUGUAGCAUUCACGGGCGACGUUAUCUAGAAUUUGUGCCUCGAUUUCUUGAUACCACCCUUUGUCGGAUUUUGGUUUUUUUGUGUUGUGCUUUUCCGCUUUAGUUCGUUUAUUAUACUUGGGUCGUAGAUUGGACCAGCCGCUCUUUCUUCGCUCUCAGCCAUCCAUCCGCUAGGAUGAUAGGUUAUAUCAUAAUAAAUCUGCAGAUAUACAGACGCAUUUCAAAAUG